GAAGCCCAGAGGAGAGAGGGUGAUGAGGCCUGGAAUGGAGGGCACCCCAGGUAGAAGGGGAGCCCGGAAGAGGUGCCUGUUCAAGCUGAGCUCGCCUGAGAGCCACGAGCGGAGAUCAGAAAGCUCCACCGAUGGGGGCAGCCUGGGCUAUGGUGAGGACUUCCAGAAGAACAACUCAGCGUUCAGCUGGGAGGUAAAGGCCAACGACAGGACCUACAACAACCAGUUCAAGGAGCGAAUUUUCCUGUUUUGGCGAAGGAAGAAGUACAAGGACAACAAGAUCUGCACAGCCAAGUACAACUUCUUCUCCUUCCUACCCUUAAACCUGUAUGAGCAGUUCCACCGAGUGUCCAACCUCUACUUCCUUUUUAUCAUCAUUCUCCAGGGCGUCUUCCCUGACAUCUCCACGAUGCCCUGGUUCACCCUCCUCGCCCCACUCAUCUGCCUCCUUGUCAUCCGGGCCAUCCGAGACCUGGUGGACGACAUUGGGCGGCAUAGGAGUGACAGGAUCGUCAACAACAGGCCCUGCCAGAUGCUGGUGGGGGAGAGUUUUCUGUGUAAAAAAUGGGAGGACCUGCGUGUGGGGGACCUGAUUCGCCUGCAUGAUGACAACGUUGUCCCGGCCGAUGUGCUCUUGCUGGCCAGCACGGAGCCAAGCAGCUUGUGCUAUGUGGAGACGGCUGACAUAGACGGGGAGACCAACUUGAAGUACAGGCAGGCCCCCAUAGUCACACAUCACGAGCUAAACAAUGUGACGAGCAUGGCAUCCUUCCAAGGCAAGGUGGUGUGCGAGGAACCCAACAGCCGGAUGCACUACUUUAUGGGGCGCCUGGAGUGGGAGGGCAAGAAAUACCCUCUGGACAGUGGCAACAUCCUCCUACGUGGCUGCAAGAUCCGAAACACAGACACCUGCUACGGGAUGGUCAUCUAUGCUGGUGUUGACACAAAGAUCAUGAGGAACUGUGGCAAGAUCUAUCUGAAGAGAACCAAGAUGGACCAGUUGAUGAACAGGCUGGUGAUCCUGAUCUUCAUGUUCGUGGUGCUGAUCUCUAUGGCGUUGACCUUGGGCUUCUGGAGCAAUGUGACAAAAUUCAAGGUCAAGCACUACUACAUUCCUGAAAAGCACAUGUACAGUGUGAUCAGCAAGUCUUUCUUCAUGUUCCUGAGCUUCCUCAUCCUGCUCAGCGUCAUGAUGCCCAUGGCCAUGUUCAUCAUAGCUGAAUUCAUCUACCUGGGGAACAGCAUCUUCAUUGACUGGGACAAUGAGAUGUACUAUGAGCCCCAGGACAUGUCUGCCAAAGCCCGCAGCACCAGCCUCAAUGUCCAGCUGGGCCAGGUGGAGUACAUCUUCUCGGACAAGACAGGCACGCUCACACAGAACAUCAUGACCUUCAAGAAGUGCUGCAUCGACGGCAUUGUCUACGACCCGGAUGAGGAGGACGCGCUACAUAAGGAGAACGCCUUCCUCUGGAACAAAUUUGCCGACGGGAAGCUGCUCUUCCAAAAUGUGAAGCUCCUGAGCACUGUACGUGAAAACAAGGACAGGGUGGUGCAGGAGUUCUGGCGCCUGCUGGCCGUGUGCCACACAGUGAUGGUGGAGGAGAAAGACAACCAGCUGUUUUAUCAGGCAGCUUCCCCUGAUGAGGAGGCGCUAGUCACAGCAGCCCGGAAUUUUGGCUACGUGUUCCUGGCACGCACGCAGGACAGCAUCACUGUGAUGGAGCUGGGGGAGGAGCGGGUGUACAAGGUCCUGGCCAUGAUGGACUUCAACAGCAUCCGGAAGCGGAUGUCAGUACUGGUCCGAAACCCCGAGGGCUACAUCUACCUCUAUACCAAAGGCGCAGACACUGUUAUUUUUGAUCGCUUGCGUAGGAAAGACUUGUAUAAGAAAGAGCAAGCCAUGCAAAGGGCCACAGAAGAAGCUUUAAGUUCCUUUGCCGAGGAGACGCUGCGCACGCUGUGCCUGGCCUACAAAAAGGUGGAUGAAGACAUUUACGAGGAGUGGCGCCACCGGCACGAGGAGGCCACCAUCCUCCUUCAGAACCGGGCCCAGGCCCUGCACCAGGUGUACGAGGAGAUGGAGCAGAACCUCCAGCUGCUGGGAGUCACAGCCAUUGAAGACAAGCUCCAGAACGGCGUCCUUGAGACCAUCCAGUCCUUCAAGAAAGGGAACAUCAAAGUGUGGGUGCUCACAGGGGACAAGCAAGAGACCGCAGUGAAUAUCGGCUUUGCCUGCCAACUGCUCUCAGAGGACAUGCGCAUUCUGGAUGAGGAGGACAUACGCCCGCUCAUGGAAGCCUGCCGGGAGACCUGCAGCAAACUGCCGCACGUCAGGAUGGCCGCCAUGGUCGUUACCGGCGAGUUCCUGGACCAGCUGGUGAAGAGUGCAACACGGAUGAAGCCGAAGAACUCCAUCCCCUUAAGGGGCCCCGAGGUGUGGCGCGAGCGGGCCUUCGUGGAACUGGCCUCGAAGUGCCAAGCAGUCAUCUGCUGCCGGGUGACACCCAAGCAGAAGGCCUUGAUCGUGAGGCUGGUCAAGAAGUACUAUAACGUGGUGACCCUGGCCAUUGGGGAUGGCGCCAAUGACGUCAACAUGAUUAAGACUGCGGACAUCGGCGUAGGGCUGGCAGGCCAGGAGGGCAUGCAGGCGGUGCAGAACAGCGACUACAUGCUGGCCCAGUUCUGUUUCCUGAGGCGGCUGCUGUUCGUGCACGGCCGCUGGUCCUACAUGCGAGUCUGCAAGUUCCUGCGCUACUUCAUCUACAAGACGCUGGCCAUCAUGACGGUUCAGAUCUGGUUCGCUUUCUACAGUGGCUUCACUGCCCAGCCACUGUAUGAAGGCUGGUUCCUGGCACUGUUCAACCUGCUGUACACCACCCUCCCGGUUCUGUACAUCGGGCUCUUCGAGCAGGAUGUGAGCGAUGAGCAGAGCCUGGAGCUGCCCCAGCUAUACAUCGCUGGCCAGAAGGAUGAGUUCUUCAACUACUGGGUCUUCUUCCAAGCCAUUGCCCAUGGCCUGACCACCUCCCUGGUCAACUUCUUCAUGACCCUGUGGAUCAGCCAUGACACUAUUGGGCCCCUCAGUGACUACCAGUCUUUUGCCACAGUCAUGGCCCUGUCGGGCCUGCUGUCCGUCACCAUGGAGGUCAUCCUCAUCAUCAAGUACUGGACCGUCUUGUCUGUGCUGGCCAUUUUCUUCAGCCUUUGCUUCUAUGUGGUCAUAACUUGGACCAGCCAGAGUUUCUGGCUCUUCGCAAUGUCCCCCAAGACCUUCCCUUUUCUAUAUGUUGACCGAAACGUGAUGUCCCACCCCUCCAUCCUGCUGGUGGUCCUGCUGAAUGUGUCAUUAAACACCCUGCCUGUGCUGGCCUUCCGUGUCAUUUACCAAGCCCUCAGGCAGCUACGUCCCAAGGAGGAGGAGGUGGAGGAGGAGGAGAAGGAAGAGGAAGUGAUGGAGAUCCCAACUGAGGAGAUCAUCACAGCACCACGUGCCCGGCGGUCCAGCUAUGCCUUCUCCCACCAGGAGGGCUACGCACACCUCAUCACACAGGGCACAAUUCUGCGGAGGUCCCCGGGGGCCCACGGACAAAUGAACCCAAUGCAAUCUGAUGAAGAACUCUCCACCAGCUUUGAUGUCAUCUGA